AUGACGAAUACGAAGGGCUUCACCGUCUUUGCUAGACCAUCCACCGCGACAUCGACGUCGCCAUAUAAGAUGUACGACCCUUCCACGCGAAUACCGUCCCCACCCAAUUCGGACGACGAGCAGAGCAUUGGUUCCUCGUCUAAUGAGAAUGGCGCGGGUAUCGAGACACCCAGUGGUACAGUUGUAUCAUCGACGGGGACGACAGAUUCAUCGGGUCCUUCUGGAUUACCUAGCGCUGCUUCAUCGACAACCACUGUUUCCUCGCCUCCUUCCGAACCCGACAAGCCCCGCUCACGGCAUCGAAUCGAUUUCUCAAGACCACAAAACAUAUUCGCCGCAGAAUCCGCGACCGACAACGCAGACACGACUUCCCCCUCCUCCCUAUGGUACAUCCUGACCACGGCCCUGCUCCUCGCGUUCCACAAGGAAAAGCUCAUCGCCGAACUGUGGACGUACCUGACCACCAGCCAGGACAACACCGACGACCACCUCCUUACCGUAGCCCGCCACAUCCGCGAAGCAACCCUCAAAGCCAGCACGCUCGUCGGCUUCCCCCGCGCAAUCAACGCACUACUCACCCUCCACCGCGCCAUCCAAUCCAGCCACCCAUCUCUGCACACCACUCUGCAGGCGGACUCGUCCCUGCGCUCGACCCCCUGGUUGAGCCGCGCGGACAAGUUUACCCGCGGCAUGGCGCUGUUUGAGCGCAUCUACGCCCACCACACGCCCCGCGUCGUGGCCACCAUGUCGAGCUGCUCGGGCGGGGACCUGACGCAUUUCGCCAUCCAGUGCAUCUACGGCGAAUUGCUGGCUGAGAGUGCCAUUAUUGGCGACCUCGAGACGGGGAUGUUGGAGUUUGUGUGCUGUCUCGCGGACGGGGUCGCGCCGCAGGCUAAGGGCCAUUUCUUUGGGAGUGUCAAUCUGGGGGCCACUAACGGACAACUUCGCGGGGCUGUUUUGUUGGCGGGGGAGUUGGCGAGGCAGGUGGGCGUGCCGUGUGCGUGGCUUGGAGAGGGGGAGGCAGCGGAUGACCAACAGGAGGGGAAGAUGGUGGAUGAGUGGAAGUUCUUGAAGCGGGUCAUGUAG